AUGAGAUUUCGUGUAGUUUUAUUACUUGGAUAUUUACUGACGUUAGUAUUUUCGCUAAGCACAGCGCAAGGUUAUAUCAAUAAGAAAUAUCGGAAGCGCAUGAUACCAGGCUUCUCAUUGGCUAGCGUCGACGGCAACAAUUGCAACGGUAAGCAAGAAUGCAAGGGAGCUGAAAAAAUAUCUCAAGGUAACCCGAAGCAGAAGGCAACCAAUAUAGCACAAAAAGCCGCCCAGGAAGCCACUGCUGCUUCGGAAGCGCAAAACGCUGCCGGCCAAGCGGCCGCUCAACAAGUGAAGUCUCAAUUGGCUGAAAAAGCAAUGCAAUCAGCUAAAGCCGCUGAAGCUGCAUUAGCAGGUAAACAACAAAUUGUCGAAACAUUGGAACAAGAAGUACGAGAAGCUGAGGCUGUGGUCCAAGAAGAAACUGCUUCAUUACAAAAUGCUCAAGGUAACAUCAAUGCAGCCCUGCGUGCUGCUCAACAGGCGCAUGCUCAAUUAAAGACACUGACGCAAGCGGUGCAAACUGCUCAAGCGAAUGUUGGUAACGCUGAACAGGCUGCUAACGGUGCUCAAGCCGAAGUCGCCGAAAAAGCUCAACUAUUAGAAGCGGCUAAAUCACGCGUUGAACAAUUAUUACGGCAAUUGAGUUCUGCUCGUCAAGACUUUGCCAACACCAAACAAGCAGCUUAUAAGGCGGCUUGUGCCGCCCACGAAGCUAAAGUCAAUGCGCAGAGAUCACGCCGUGCCGCGACCAAACGUCGUUUAUCGUCCGACCAAUUAAAGUAUAUACGAUACUUGAAAAAUUUAAAACGACGAAGAGAGCGUCAACGUCUGUACUCUGAUAACCUCGCCGAUUAA